UUGAAUUGGUUUCCAUCAAAAACUAACCAUAGUCUAUUCGUUCUGAAAACGGUUCACCAGUUUCUCAUCAUUUUGCAUCAUCAGCCAACAUAGCCAUCAUUUUACAUCCAGUCCAACUUUGCAUCAUUUAUCGUCAAUUUCAUAAUUAACAUUCGCGUUAUACCAUCAACUCAUCAUCAUAUUAAUUGCUAAAAUCUUACAAUUAGACUUCAAGAAAAUAUGGCCACUUUUUACUUUGAUGGAGAUAAGUUACAACAAUGUCCAUACCAACCUCACCAUCUAGUUUUAUCAAGACGAAUGCUGGCUCACAUGAGUAAAUGUGCGAAAGAUCCAAAUUCACCUAAACUUAAGAAAUGUCACUUUAACUCCCUUCAUCGUGUAAAACCUUAUGAAACGGAAAUUCACGUUAUGGAAUGCGGUGACAAUCGUCAAGCCAUCCGUGAGAUGUUCAAUCCAGUUGUCCAGCCAUCAAAACCAGCCAUUAACACUCAACCUCAAACCGAUAAUACACAAGAUUCAUGGGAGAAUGGCGGUAUGGCUAAAGAAUACCUGUUACCAGGAUCAGAAGAUAAUCAUGCUAUAGAGGUUGAUAGCGAUAGUUUCAUUCCUAUUCAAAAACCAUGCAAUAUGACGAAAGCUGAAAGGAAACGCCUGUAUAAUCAGUUCAAUAAAAAUGCUAUCAAAAGAAAAAGAUUUAAUUGUACAUAA